AUGGAUUCUGCUGAGAAUCCUAAGUUGUUCUCCGGAAAGAAUCCGGGAGAUGUUAAAAAGUUGGAUAUCAUAAAUGUGAAGAAAUUUCUACAAUCUCGUGCCCAAGAAAUAGAAGAAGUCUUCACUUUAUUGAAGCAAAAUGACAAACAAAAACGAAUUUUUCAAAAACUUCCCUUUGUAAUGAGGAGAAGAGCCAUGUCCCAUAACCCAUUCAAGAUUCCUAGGAAUAUCAGAGCACACAUUCUCAAAGAAAUGGCUAAAAAUACACCAAAAAUAGAAUUAUUAGAUACAGUUCAAUUACUAAAUUUAAAACAGGUUUCUAAAAGAAUCAGAAAGGACCGCAGAAGAAAGUUGAAUAGAUUACAAGAAUAUCAACAAAGAUGUAGCAGAAAUAAAUGGCUUGAAACUCAUCUAUACCAUGCAAAAAGGUUCAAAAUGGAUAGUGUUUGGGGAUAUAGGCUGGCGAUUACACCAACCCAAAAAUCUAAAAGACGUUUUUUACGCCAUUUAAAACAUAAAUGUGUGAUUCAUGAUAGGUCCUACGUGGAAGUUAUAUCGGUUUCUGGUGAGUUGGAACAAAUGAAAAAAACUUUUAAACUAGUUUUUUCUGACUCUUUUUUCAUGUUCCAAGACAUUUAUACUUGCGGUGAUACCAGAGGAACAUCGUUCUGUUAUUCAGAUUACAAUAGUGAAUCAGAUGAUAAUCCAGAUCAAAAUACUUUGAGAAACUUGAUAGCGCCUGUAAAUUAUAUUUGGUUACCCACGAAAGGACAAAUUAGGACAAUUUGGUUAUUUGUUCAUCCAAUCUCAAAAUUAGAGCUGUACAAUACAUUGUUAAAGGAUGAAAAUUUAAAAGUUGAAAAUGUUGAUAAUUUGGUAAAAUUUGAACUUUUUGGCCCACUUUCGAUGUUGUUACUAAAAAAGGCAUUAAAAGUUGACCCCAACUAUUCAUUAUCUAACAAAUUAUGGUCAUCGAUUUCUGUUAAUACCAGUACCGGUUCACCAUUACAUUCAAUUAAUUGUCAUUCUUUUGUAUUACCUAUUUCUAUAACUAUACCACAAGUAUUUGGAACCCGAAUUCCAUUUGAUUUAUCAAAGGCAACAUGUCUGAAUGAGGAAUUAAAAGUCGAACUUCCUCUGAAUGAGCAGGAAAAAGAAGAUUUAAAUACAGAAAGAUUAAAAUUCUAUCAUUAUAAAUCUGAAAAUAAGCCGUUACAAGGGAAUCCCUUGCCAAGAAAUAGGAAAAGAAAAGAUUAUUCCAAACUAAUAGAUAAAUUAUUAGACUCUUUGACACAUCCAACUACAACAAAGAUAGAAUACAAGAAUGAAAUUAAAGACGAAGAAGAGGACCAAAACAUAUCAUUACCUAAAAUACCAAUUCUGGCAAUAUUUAGGAACUCGGAUCCAUGUGGAGUAGAUUUGCUGAUACCUCCAAACAGUAACUCAAACAAACUUUGGAUAUUACUUAAUAGAUUUGGUGGAUUAAGCAUCGGACUGACUGAAAGAAGACACUUGAUGAACCAUUUCCAUCUUCCUUCAUUCCCUCAUGAUUUCCCUGAAACAGAAUUGGGUCAACUCUACUACAAAAAUCUCUUCAAGACUGAGUCUAAUAAAUAUGCAAUGAGGCCUGCGAACAAAAGGGUCAAUUACUCAUUCCUAGGAGUUGAUAAUGCUUUUGUAUUACCAGUAAAUUUGGAGGAACAAAAGGUUAACUUUUCACCAGAAUUAACGACUCCUCACUUGAAAACGACUCAACAGUGUUUAUUUAAGAGUAGACACCUUCUGUUGACUUCUCUUUGUUCAGGGUUAUAUCAUGAACCAGCUGAAAAAAGUUUAAGAGUACUUAGGCUAAGUUACUUUUCCAACAACUCACAUAAUUUGCAUAUUGAAAGUUUGUUAAAACGGUUAACUAACGGGAAGAACUGGGGAGAAUUGGAAAUAUCCAAUGACGAAUAUGUUAGUGUUAUUUUGGAAUGUUCCAAAUCUUCACUUAACUUUCUGACGAGACUAUAUCAAAUAGAGGCUAAUGAUUUAAAUACAGUUGAUUCUGAGGUUUUGAAGUCGAUUUUCAUGAGAAAAAACCAGGAAGUUAGAGGUUACAUGAGAGUAAAGGAGCCAUUUCACCGAGAAUACAAAAUGUCAAGUUUGAAGAGCAUGUUACAGGCUAAAAAUCCAAAAAAUCUAAAUCAAGCUGUUAUCCAGUCCACUUUAGACUACUUAAAUCAUCAAGGGAUGGUAAAUUCAAGAAAGUUAAUGGGAUUCACAACAUCCAAAGGUAAAAUAUUUUACAGUUAA